GCCGCGGAGCUGGAGGGAUUCCUCCGGCUGCCGAGGCGGCCAGCGGAGCGGAGCUCAGCGCUGUGUGCGGUAUGGACCCGUUCCGCUGAAAUCGGAGCCAGUCCGCUUUGCGCUGGCGGUGCGGGGCGGACGCGCCGGGAGAGGAGCAGCGUCUCUCUGAAGCAGACCCGGAAGGCUUUGCCGCUGUAAGGGGCCAGGAUCAGAAUAGACGCAGCGUCCUGGCCAGCAGGGCUGCUUCUUUCCGAUCUGUUGCCAUGCCGUUUGCUGCUAGGAGGCUGGGAAACCUGCCGUAACGCGGGCUGUUGGGUUGGCUGAGAUCGCUGAUGGAGCGUUUGGAAGGUGUGGGGCACGCGGCUGUCAGAGGCUGUAUUCUGAGCCGGGACUUCCUACCUCGACUGCCAGCUGCUGUGAAAGCUGCAGUCCCUCCUGGCCAGGCAGCGGCCGCGGAUUCCCGCCCCGCCGGAGAGCGUGGGGAAAGAACCAGUUUGGAAGAUGGACGGUAGCAGGUGUAAGAACAAGGGGGCCUAGAGCCCGUGUGGGCCAUAGGAGACAGGCCAGGGCUGUGGCACAGAUAUACAAUGUCUUCUGGAAACAUCCAGAAAUCCCAGACAUUAAUUAAACCAGCAUUCAGUGAAAAAGAAGCCAUUGAAUUAGUUGAAAGGGUAUUUGGAUUAAAAGUAUCUGCGAUCAGAUCACUCCCUAGCUAUGAUGAUCAGAAUUUUCACCUUCACAUUUCAAGAAGUGAGGGAAUAGCAGACUGUGCUGACGAGUAUGUUCUCAAAAUCACCAACUGUGAAGAUAGCCAGAAUCCUGAACUCAUUGCAGUGCAGACCCAGAUCAUGAUGUUUUUGAAUGUUGAAGGGUUUCCUUCAGCUACGCCCCAUCUUACUAAGGACGGUAACAUAAUGUCUCUAGAAUCAUUAGGUACUGGCUCUGUGACAAAAAAGUACAUGGUGAGACUGCUGACCUACCUCCCAGGCAUGACUGUGGCAACAAUAUCUACAAAUCCUCACAUUUUAUAUGAGAUUGGGAAACUAGCUGCCAGACUGGAUAAAACUCUCACAGAGAAAUUCCAUCAUCCAUCAAUAAAAAGUCUGCAUCGAGGGAAGUUCAUUUGGAACUUGGCAAAUGUUCCUCUUCUAGAGCAGUAUAUUCAUGCCCUGGGCCAGAACAGUUAUCGUGAAGUUGUGGAGCAAGUUAUUCAGCAGUUCAAAGAUAAAAUAGUACCCAAGCUAAGGAAUUUUCGAGCCUGUAUCAAUCACGGGGACCUCAAUGACCACAAUAUCUUAUUAGAUUCCAACACUACUUCACCAGAGAAUCCACAAUAUAGAGUGUCUGGUAUUUUGGACUUUAGUGACAUGAGCUAUGGUUACUAUGUAUUUGAAUUAGCAAUAACUAUCAUGUACAUGAUGAUUGAGAGCAAGGAUCCUCUCAGUGUAGGAGGGCAUGUUCUUGCAGGGUUUGAAAGCGUUGUACCAUUGUCAACAGAGGAGAGAGAUGCCCUGUUUCUCUUGGUAACUGGUAGAUUUUCCCAAUCACUUGUAAUAGCCUCAUACACUUCCCUCUUGUAUCCUGAGAACAAAGAAUACCUAAUGAUCACCGCAAAAACUGGAUGGAAGCAUUUAUUAAGAAUGUUUGACGUGGGCCAAGAAGCUGUAGAGAAGAUUUGGUUUGAGACUGCAAAAGCAUAUAUGAACAAUGAAGGUAAUUGUCCGUGUACAGUUUAGAAAAUUGGGCUCAACAUUGUUACCUAGCAGCUCUGUGUUCUUGGGGAACCAGGGCACAGUACCCAGCCUGUCUGACUCAUGGAAGACCUCCCCCGUUUUCUCCUGUCUCCUCCCCCCUCCCCGAACCAAAACGAAUCAGAAGAAAGACUUACAAAAA